CCUUUUACCUGAGCGUCGUAAACGCAAUUCCUAGGUCACGGUUGAAAAUAAUUCAAGUUUUGUAAACAGAUAGUGGAUUGCAGUUGUGGAACACGUUAAAAAUAUUUCAUGGAUGUAACAAGAAUCUUUUCUGAGACCUAAAACACCAUUAUUUUCACGGAAUGGAUGAGCCGGAGGGAGAGUUGCCUGUUCAUAUUGACGUGCAGGAACAACAUAAGAAAGAUGGGACGUACCAUUACUCCUUCACAUACGAACGUGCUACUCUCUAUGAGUUCAAAUUCGAACGUGCCCCUCGUCCCGCCUCUAAGGACCCGUGUUUCCGGUGUAACAGGCGGGUCCUCCCCCAGGAUCAGGUGCGAGUGGACGUUUUGUUCCACAGACAGUGUUUUCGAUGUCGUAUUUGUGGUUUGUUGUUGACUAUGCAGACAUUUUACAGGAAUGAUGCCAAUGACUCUACAGAUAAAGAGGUCUACUGUAAAGCUCACGUGGGGAAGAAUAUCAGACAAGUCAAAUCUGAAUGUAUACCUCUAGAACUUGAUAUCGACAACAUAUCACAACACAGUCAAUUGAAUAGUAUCAAGUAUGGUGGUUCCUCGCGUAAGACUAGCCCAAAGCCAGUACCAAGUCCUCGUAACCACAGUCCGCGAGGAGGGAGUCCAACGAGGACACCCAUGGGACACAGUCCUUCUGGGUCGAGUAUGGUCAGUGUCACUCCAAGGACAAUGAAUGGAAGCACUUUCCACUCGUAUGCUCCAAAUAUGACAGAUUUCAACACCUCUUUUGGAUCCACUCCCGGGCAUCAUCGCCCAAGACCUGUGCUUCAGUCGUUUCAAGACUUUGAAACCAGUGGUGUGUUCGAGUCACAGUCGGUACUGGAAUCCAGGCACCGUGAAGAAGAGGAAAGAUUGCAGAGAUUUCUCCUGGAGGAGAGAGAAAAGGAAAUGAGGAAACUUGAUGACAGCAUCGCUGUGGAGAAAGAUCGGGCUGCUGCAGACCUUCUUAGUAGUUUUGAGCAUAUGUCAAUGUCGGGAUCAACUCCGAAUCUCAUGGCGGAAAGGGAAAGAAUUGAAGAUCAUUUCCGGCGCACGCGCGAGGAGAAGUUGAAAGUAAUGAUGGAAAAAAUUGCAACUGAGGAGAAAACAAGAACUGCAAAAAUGUUAGAUCGUCACGGACAGGAAAUACUGCUUUUGAUAGCAAAAAAGGAUAGGGAAGUCGACAGAAGCGCAUUGUUUGAUCAUUCAAUGAGACCACCAGUCAUUCCCCCUGAAACAAAAAAAGCUGAUCUUUACAAAUCACCAGAGGUCUUCAGGAAACUGGACGAGAGAGCCAUAGAGUUAACCAACAAGGACUACAGUAGCUUUACGCAUCUGGUGAAGGAGCUGACGAGAGACUGUCAAACAGAACUAGAGAAAGUCAGGGUAAUUUUCCGAUGGGUAAUUGCAAAAGAUUUAGGUAAGCAUAAUGUGAAAGAGAUAGUGCGUCCCAACUCUACGGCUUCCCUUCUACGUGGGGUGAGGACGGGGAAAGAGACCUAUCACCAACUCUUCAAAAAGCUCUGCAAUUAUGCUGGCCUUCACUGCGAAAUAAUCUUAGGUUACUCCAAAGGAGCAGGAUACAAACCUGGAAUGCGAAUGGAUGGGACUUCAUUCCGAAAUUCCUGGACAGCGGUUUCUAUUGACGGAAAUUGGCGCCUCGUAAACUGUACAUGGGCGGCUCGUCACGUGACUGGACAUAAAGAUGACCUACCGGAAAUCUUCUAUAAGUAUGACGAGUUCUACUUUCUGACAGACCCGGAGGAUCAUAUUUACCAGCACUACCCCGAUGACUCACAGUGGCAACUAAUUGACAUACCAUUGCCUUUCUCAGAGUUCCUUAAUUUGCCUGUCGUAAAAUCACCAUUUUUCAAUUAUGGACUACGGUUUUAUUCUAAUUACGGCGCGACAUUAACAACAGAUUCCGGAAUGGUUGAAAUUCGUCUGAUUUCGUACAAGAUUUUAGGAUUUGGUCACGUAUUAGAGUCUUACGAUAAAUCUGUUGAUGCCAGGUCUCUUGAGGGCCGCGUUCUCCUUCGUCACGUGAAAAAUGAAGCCAUAUUUACUAUUAACUUGCCAAAAAAGGGACUUUACUAUUUUUCAAUUUACACUGGAGACUACUGGCAUUCAGACUGUCUCGAAAGUGCAGCGUCAUUCUUAAUAAACUGUACAGAGAUCAUGGGAGCUCCCUCUCCGCAAUACCCCCCUGUGCCAUUCUACGGUCCAACGCCCAUCAUGGAGAGUCUAAAAAUAGAAACUAGCAAUCAGAUUGACCCUUUGAUUGUGUCAAAUGGUGAGUCCUUAGACAUAAGUUUCAAGCUCUCAAAAGAGAUCAAAAUUACGCACACAUUUCAAUACUUUGAUGCCAGUGAUGGCUCUGUUUCAGACAUAGAUCGCUAUGUAUUUUUGCGCUCGAGGACGGAAACAGGAGCAACGUAUAUGGUCAGGUGUCCGAAGGAAGGAUAUUACAUCUUUUCUUUGUAUGCAGCCGAUGAGAACAAUGAAACAUUAGACUGUGCAUACAGAUACUUAGUAAUCUGUCAGCAAGCAAACCAAGCAACAAAUGUUUUUCCCAAAACAUUCCAUAAAUGGCAGAGGUGCACCCUACAUGAACCGGUGUAUGGGGACCUCAUGACAAAUAAGCGUUAUUCCUUUCGAUUGGACGUCCCACAAGCUGUUGAGGUUUUCCUCGUCAUUGGGGAUAUCUGGCAUCACCUCAAGCGGAAAUUGGGAUUCACUUGGGAGGGCAAUAUUAACACCGGGAAAAACCCGGGAACCGCAAAAAUUUACGCCAGGUUUUCAGUAGAUCGUGAUGCCUCCACUUUCUCUCAUCUAUUAGAUUAUGAACUGAUUGAGGAUGCUGAAACAGAAAUAUAGCUUGGGAUUUAUAUUACAGGGCAAAAUAUUUUAUUUAUGUGCAUUUAAUGAAUAUUUAUUUGCUUGUUGUUGUGAUUUUUGUUGAUUCAUUUUCAUGAAGUAUGCUAUGCACUGUGUUUUUACUAUGGUCUUUAGUCAUAACAAUGUCUCCUUAAUAAGUGCUUGAUUGUAUGAGUGCUGUAAGUUUGAAUUAUGUUUGAAAUAAAUCAUUAGUCAAUAUA